GUAUUGUAAAAAUAGUAAAUAAGUUAUGGCCUUAGUUGGCCAAGUAUUGGUUAACAACGAAAACCAUUGACAUUUUGAAAGUGUGUAAUAAUGGGACAAACAACGAGUGGCCAGAAUUUUGCUGCUAGCAUGGUAUCUCAGGGGCACCCUGCUGGGCAAAAACCAGAUGAUGGCGUUACAUGGUGGUGCAAAAUCUUAGCAACAACAUGCUGCAUUGUUGCAGGACUGACUGCAAUGUUAACAGGGCUGUUCCGCCUACUAACUUUUACACCAUUGUGCCUUGUUGCUGGCAUUUUACUCAUGUUGUUAGGUUUUGGAGUCAUCUUACUAGAAGCUCCUUGCUGCUGUCAGUUUCUUGAUUUUAUUCAGCCCAUUAGUCGCUUCAGUGAAAGAAGGUCAUACUGGCAAAAGGCAUUUGCAUAUGCUCUGCCUGCUUUCAUUCCUCCCAUAUUAUGUUUCUCUGUAACUACAAUGUGUGGCAGUGCCCUUUUGAUUGCUUCUGGAGUUGUAUAUGGGCUGAUUGCUUUAGGAAAGAAGGCUGAUAGAGAUAUUAUGCUGUCGAGGGCAAGGGGCGAUGAUGUGGAGAUGAAAGAGACUUUAAUAACCAACGAGGUGACGCCAGUUCCGGCUAAUCCAUAACAUGAUCAAAUUACUGCGUUAAGUUUACUGUGAUUUAAUGAAAGAAUAGAUUCAAAGUGGCACAGGCAUCUAUUAUCAUUGCUUCAGAUCUGCGCUUUUAUCUGCAAGUUUGCUCAUGUUCAUAUAUCUAAAACUCCUGUGUUCUCAUUUUGGAAGUGGUAAAUUUAACAUUAAAAUUGUAUUUUUUGUUGUUGGAAAAUAUGAUGGAAUCGGUUCAUUCUGAAGUAAAUGAAGUCUUUAUACUACAUUCCAAAAUGUAAACAGAGUAAUUGUCACAGAGAGUAAUCACAGAUAAAGCAUUUAUCACAUAGAAUAUGUAAAUUAAAGAUCAUCUAUAUCAUUUUUUGGCUUUGCUGCUAAAUGAAAGUGCAUGCUAAAAAAUUUUUCAUAUUUUAAAUGAAUUGAGUGUUUUAAAAUGUCAGUGAUUUUAAUUUAUUAUGUCCGAGCUAAAGUUUUGUGUAUAAUUUAAUGUUAUGAAACAAUAUCUGACAACUUCUGUAACUAUUCUGCUCCUUUCUGAUACUGUGAUAGUCAGCUUACACCUCAGACAUGGCAUAUUAAUGUUUCUUUUAA